AUGCCGGCUGGCAGCGGUUUGGAAGCGACGACCGCUGUGGAAAAUGCACGCGCUCAGACGAGAAAGUCUUCCAAACCCAUCAUGGAAAAGAGAAGGCGGGCGCGAAUCAACGAGAGUCUGGGCCACCUGAAGACACUCAUUUUGGAGGCGCUCAAGAAAGAUAGCUCCAGACACUCCAAAUUGGAGAAGGCAGAUAUCCUGGAGAUGACCGUCAAGCACCUCAGGAACCUACAACGACCUCACGUGACAGUCGCUGUGGGCGGCGACCCGUGCGUGCUGGGUAAAUACAGAGCCGGGUUCAACGAGUGCGUGGUCGAGGUGAGCCGUUACCUGUCGGCGUGCGACGAGGUCAACUCGGAAGCGCGGAGCCGCCUGCUCGGCCACCUGGCGGCCCGCGUCUCCCAGAUGAACGCCGCGGCCUUCUACCGGUCGGGACAGAGCGGGAUUCCCGCCCCUCGGCUCGCGGGCAAAAGCGUCUCGGCCCCGGACGGACGUUUGGCCUUUCCCCUUCCCGGCGCGGCCCUCGCGCCUCUGAGCGCGCAAAGCUACAUAUCUCCUGGCGCGCCUCCGCUGGCUUCAGACUCUGUGUGGAGACCCUGGUAG